CUAACCUACAUUUAGGUUCACUUUAACCGCACAAUGUAUUUGUAUAUAAUAACUGACAGGAGUAACAAUUGACUACUAAAUUAAAAUUCUGGUUUCGAUUGAAUGACUGAGUACACGCAGAUACGAAAUAAACACUUGCUACUGACGAAGACAUCGAACUAGAAUUGUCUACACAAUGGAGUCAAACUGGGAAAACAAGCUCAUCGUGGCGUCUAUAGACUUCGGGACUACGUUUACAGGGUGUGCAUUCUCCAUGCUUGCUGAUUACCAGACAUACCGAGAAAAAAUUAUGACAAUUCAUUGGAAGUCAGGGGUAUCCGAACAGGCAACAAAAACUCCGACAAUUCUGCUGUUAAAGAAAGAUCUCAGCUUCGAAUCGUUCGGUUACGAGGCAGAAGAGACCUUUGCAGAAAUCACGGAGGACUCUGAUGAUGUUGACGACUGGCAUUAUUUCAAAUAUUUCAAAAUGAAACUCUACGAUGAAAACAAAGAUUCAAAGAUCAGAACAACAAGUAAAGUAACCGAUCAGAAUGGUCGCGAGAUCGAUGCACUUCAUGUCAUCAGCGUUUCCAUUAAGUUUAUUAAAGACAAAAUAAUGGACGAGUUAAAGGCAAGAAUAGGAGUUUUGAGGGACGAUGAUGUUUACUUCGUUCUUACAUGUCCUGCUAUAUGGUCAGAUAAUGCCAAACGAUUCAUGCGAACAGCAGCAGAAAAGGCCGGCAUUGCAAAUGAUCAUUUACGAAUAGGGCUGGAACCCGAAUGUGCCGCCAUCUAUCUGCACAAUGUCACACUGCCAGAUCUAAGUGCGUCCAAAAAACAAUCUUUCUGCAUGGCCCACGGUGACGCAUAUCUAAUAGUUGAUUUAGGCGGAGGUACCGUUGAUAUUGCGGCUCAUAAGAUAAACGGAUUAGGGCGAUUUGAAGAAAUACUUAUUCCUGAUGGUGGACCCUGGGGAUCCAUUAAUAUCAAUUUCAAAUUCGAGCAGGCUCUAACAGCGCUGUCAGGUGCGCGUGCACUUGAAACUUUUCGGAGGGAAAACAUGCAUGAUUACACUGCGCUGAUGAGAGCGUUUGAGCUGAAGAAAAUAGCAUUUCCGGGUACCAGGUCGAAAGUGACAAUGCAGCUACCAAUUACAUAUCUUCAAUGUCACCAGAAUGAAAAUAGAGACAGCUUAUUAGAUUCAAUAAAGGAAGUUGCGCAUACGGUAUUUUCACAAUGUUCUUUCCAACCAAAAAAUAACGUUAUCUCUUUUCCAAAUGACUCGUUUGCAAGUUUAUAUGACGAAACAAUUGGUCUAAUACUAGAUAAAGUCCGAACUAUUUUGGAGUAUUUGGAAAAAGUAAAACAACACGACAUUAAGACGAUAUUUUGCGUGGGAGGUUUUGCUGAUUGCAAACUGCUACGAAAGCGGUUUACGGACGAGUUCGGUGACAGGGUUAUUGCUCCAAGUGAGGCGAUAACAGCUAUUAUGAAGGGUGCCGUCAUGUUCGGGCGCGAUGAAAAUAUAAUUGAGUUCAGGAUCAGUAGAUUUACCUAUGGGCUUGACUGGAGCGUAGAUUUUGACAGCAAAAUCCAUGAUCCUAAAAGGAAAGAAGUGACUGAAAGCGGUGAUGUCUGCAAAGAUAUAUUUUAUACUAUUGCCGAAAUGGGUCAAAGAAUCCCAACCGACUACGCUACAAAGAAGAUAGAGUCUUUCGUGAAGGCAUCCAGCCAAGAUAGAAUGGAAUUCCCAUUUUACAGAACGGAGAAAGUCCAAGCUCCAUUGUACAUCGAUGACCCUGGUUGUUCUCUGAUGGGCUCAAUGAUAGUGGGUUUGGAUGAUACAGCCGGGGGACUCGAUCGCUAUGUGACAUUGGAAGUCUACUUUGGGGCGUCUGAACUACGAGCAGAAGCCACUGACAAUAAAGGAAAGAAACAUACAGUGGCAUUUAAUUUAGAUGAAAGUGAACCCUGAAAGUGUUGAUGAUGCAGUUCUUUUAGGAUACAUCUAUUUGGAUUGCGAUACAAAACAGAUUAGAGUGAAUUGAUAUCGGGAUUAUGAACUUGUUUCUGCAGAUAAUACAAAAAGAACAAUACGAAAAUUAAUAGCUACGAAAAGUUGCAAUCAAAACGAUCAAUUGCAAAAAACAAUGGAAGAAAAAUGCCUUACAAGUUACAUGUUGUAUUUAUUUAAGUGUGCUGUUAUUAUGUUAUUAGAAUCUUGUUCUUAAAGAUCUUUUUUAAAGAUAAAAACUAAGAUUUUUACUGUCGACGGAAAAAACGACAAUAUGUCUGUUUUAAAUAUUGUGUUAUUAUUGCGCAGUAUUGCUGCUAUAAUAAUUGUGCGGCUUAGCCGAGGUAAGCGCGUUUUGGGUAUUGCUCAAUGAAGUUUUAUAUACAUGUUAAUUUUAAGGUGUUAUCGCAUUGUUUUAGUAAUGCAAAUACACGUAGAAGUCGAGUCAUAUGGAUCUCAAACUAACGUGCUUUUUCAUUAAAAAAUCAUCAAAAGCAAUUGUUAUAAAGCGUCAUAAUAAAAGUUAUUACGAAUUAUAAAACUCUUUUUUACGGAUUUUCUGUCAACUGUUUUAGUAUGUAAAGAAAGUAGUUUUCGAAAUAAAUUUGGUAUGCUUUUGAAUACAUUCGAAAUAGUCAUGACUGAGCAGCUUUGUCCUAUCUGUACUGUUCAGAGUAUAUAUUAAAUUUUGAAUUCUAAUAACAAGAAUUAGUUAGUUUAUAUGGUAAUGAAGAGCAAGGACACAAGCGAUGUUUUAAGAAUUUUUAUGAAUAUGGACACCAUUUGCCGUAAUGUAUAAUUUAACAUUAUAAAAAACGUAAGUACAUCACGCACAUUGCAUAUGUGUGUGACAAAAUACAACGCUUUGGUACGCACAUGAAUUACAUCGAAAGGUAUAUUGUUUUGUAACUGAAACAAUAAUGUUUCAUACAUAUAGACAUAUAGCAUCGGUUAUGAUUUCCUUCACAAUAAAUCAUAUAUUAAGCAUGCCUCUAAGUUGGAAAGCUAUGUUAACAAAUGAAAGGUUGUUACUUGUUCGGCUAUUUACAUGCCUUAUGAAUUCAAUAAAUGUAUACACACUU